GGAAGGGAAAGAGGGCGGGGCGCGGCCGGCGGUCUCCCGCCAUGUCCAAGCACGUUUUCCUCACGGGACCCCCAGGGGUUGGAAAGACUACUUUGAUCCAGAAAGUCACGCAAGCUCUAAAAUCCUCAGGCAUUCCCAUUGAUGGAUUUUACACAGAGGAAGUUAGAGAAGGUGGCAGGAGAACAGGAUUUGAUGUUGUCACUUUGUCUGGAAAACGAGGACCUUUAUCUAGAGUCAGUUCUGAGUCUUCUACUUCAAGACGUGAAUAUCGGGUCGGACAGUAUGUUGUAGACCUUGUUUCAUUUGAGCAGUUGGUUCUACCUAUGCUGAGAAAUGUAAACCAUGGCAGUGAUGCAGAGAAAAAAAUUUGUGUCAUAGAUGAGAUUGGUAAAAUGGAACUCUUCAGCCAGGCUUUUAUUCAAGCUGUUCGUCAAACAUUGACUGGCUCAGGGACCGUGGUUCUUGGAACUAUUCCAAUACCUAAGGGAAAGCCACUGGAUCUUGUUGAAGAAAUAAGAAGUAGGAAAGAUGUUAAAGUGUUCAGUGUUAGUAAGGAAAACAGAAACAGCAUUUUGCAAGACAUCUUGGCAGCUGUGGAAUCCUGCAGAAAAUGAAGACCUUGCCUGUAAACACUAAAGCUUUCAUUUUUACAAAACAUUACAAUGUUUUGCGGAUGUUUUAGAGUCUGUCCUUCCUGCUUUAGUCCUUGCAGGCUUUACUGAAGAGGAGGAGGAAAGGUCAUCCUAGAUGACCUUAACAGCAAGAGGAAGCUGGUAAAACUCUGAAAUGUGAAAAUGAGCUAGCAGGAUUCUUGCUUAUUCAGUUCACUAGCCGAUCCAUUCAAAAAAUUGAACAGAUGCGUAGCUAACAUCCAAUUCCAAUCUGGGUAUUUGAAAGUGAGGUGGUCUGACUCUGAUCCUAGUUACACCAUGUAAAAGCAAUUAACUGUCAAAUCUAUUUGAUAUCUUAGUCUUUCAGAGUGUGGUGUGGACCGUUCUGCCUAGAGACCAAUUCAGUAUCUGGAACUUAGCCCUGGUGUGACGGAACAGAACCAUGCCCAAAAUGUACACGUGCUCUGCCUGGUUUUAUCUUUGCUGUUGGUGAACCCGCUUAGGUGUGUCCCGGGGUGUUUCAGCAUGGGUGCUGAAAAUUCCUGAGGUAGAAGGAGAAAGCAGAUGCUCUCUUCCUGUCCCCAGUUGCAGUAUAAGAAGGUUAUCUAGAAUUUCAAGGAAAUUUCCUGUAGUCCUAAGUGACAUUUACAGAUUUCCUCUUCAGGAGGAAAAAUAACCAUCUCUACCCUCUCCUAAGUGGCCCAGAGAGUAAUUGGUAAGAGGACUGUAUUUUGGGUUUAUUUUCAAGUUUCAGAUGGCAAUCUGCUUUCCCCUUAAAAAAUUAUAUAUAUAUAAAUCUUCAAGUCCAUGAAGUUAACUCAAAUCUUGACUUGUGUUUUUGUUAUGGUUUAGCCCCAUCUGGCAACUAAGCACCAUGUGGCUGCUUGUUCACUCCUCCCCCCUUGGUGGGAUGGGGAGGAGAAUCGGAAGAGAAGGGUAAAACUCAUGGGUUGGGAUAAGGACAGCAGCAAAGGGAGAGGAAAAUAACAAUACUAAUAAAAGAAUAUACAAAGUGAAGAUACACAGUGCAAUUUGCUCGCUGCUCGGAACCUGAUGCCCAGCCUGUCCCUGAGCAGCGAUCCCUCCUCCCCAGCUAGCUCCCCUCCUUCUGUACUGAGGAUGACAUCGUAUCCCAGCCAAAAAGCUGGACAGUUUUUCAUGCAGAGUUUAAGUCAGGAUAGACUUAAUACUGUGUUUGUCUAUAUGGGUUUUACAAUGUUACAUUCAUUGAUACUUUCGUUUGGCUGGGUUUUUUCCUUACUCAAUUCUGCACGUGCUUAAUGGUUAAUAGUGGAAUAAGAAGUGUUUGAGAGUAUCAGACAAUGUGUUUCCCUAUGAGGUGUGCAAACGUGUUCAGGAAAAGUGCGACCAUUUAAUCAGUUUUGCAUGUUGUGAAAAAGAGAAUUCCCUCCCAGAUGCACACUUGUUUGUUGUACAAUUUAUAGUAAUCUCUGGCUAUAAAAAGUUGUUUCUUAACUUUUUUCUGUUCAGUUCGACAACUGUAAAAAUGAGCAAACUAUUUAAAGGCAUUUUCAAAUACCA